CGGACUCCAAUAUAAAUGUGGGUGAAGCAAGCACACUCUCCUCAAGCCAAACACACACUCUCUUCUAAAAUUAUUGAGGCAAUGACUUCAUUUUCAAUGGCUUAUACACCUUUGGCUAUCAUUCUAUCCCUCUGCAUUGUGAGCUCAAAUGCUCAGCUCUCUACUACCUUCUACUCAAACUCAUGCCCUAACGUCUUCACCACCAUUAAGCCAGUCCUCCAACAUGCUAUUGAGAAAGAGAAGAGAAUGGGUGCCUCCAUUCUUCGCCUCUUCUUCCACGACUGCUUCGUUAAUGGGUGUGAUGGAUCAAUACUCUUGGCUGACACUCCGAACUUCGUCGGGGAGCAGCAUGCUAAUCCCAACAACAGAUCGGCAAGAGGGUUCAAAGUCAUUGACAGGAUCAAGACCGCAGUAGAGAAAGCUUGCCCUGGAGUUGUGUCUUGUGCCGAUAUCUUGGCUAUUGCCGCAAGAGACUCGGUUGUCAUCCUUGGAGGGCCUAAUUGGGAUGUGAAGUUAGGGAGGAGGGAUUCAAGAACAGCCAACAAAACUGCAGCUAACAAUGAGAUCCCACCUCCAACCUCAAGCCUUGCAAAUCUCACCUCUCUGUUUGCAGCAAAGGGGCUUUCCACUAAGGACAUGGUUGCCCUCUCUGGUGCACACACAAUAGGCCAAGCAAGAUGCACGAGCUUCAGAUCCCACAUCUACAAUGACUCCGAUAUCGACCCUUCCUUCGCUACACUGCGAAAAUCGAACUGCCCGAAACAAAGCGGGUCGGGCGACAUGAACCUGGCUCCAUUAGACCUCCAAACUCCGACAACCUUCGACAACAACUACUAUAGAAAUCUCGUUGUCAAGAAAGGAUUGAUGCAUUCUGAUCAGGAGCUGUUCAAUGGUGGAUCAACUGACUCCUUGGUGAAGAGUUAUAGUGACGGAACUGGCAAAUUUUACUCUGCUUUUGUUGAGGGCAUGAUUAAGAUGGGAGAUGUUAGUCCCCUUGUUGGGUCUAAUGGAGAGAUUAGGAAGAUAUGUAGCAAAGUUAAUUAAGUGUUUUUGAGAAAGUUUAGUGGUGGGUGGCUUCAACUUGUCUAGCUUCGAAGUUGUAUAAUUAUUGAAUUUUUACCUAUGUAUUUUUGGGGGUGCGUUGAACAAAAUCUUUCCCAAGUUUGUAUAUUUCACAAAUUCUUCUGAAUUUGUCUUAAUUUCCUACCACGACUAACACCGUUAAGUUUAAUGUGUCGUGUGUUACUCAUGUUAUAGUAAAAGAAUGGAUGUUUC